AUGGGUUUCAAGAACAUACUUGUCAUUCUUUCUAUCGCGACCUCAGCCCUCGCUGCCCACACAGUGGGAAGUGGACCCUGGACUUCAGUCACUGCCAGUACCACUUUUAACGUCCAAGAAUGUGCCGGGGGUGUGGUUGAUGGUGACACUUUCUCGCUUCCCACAUCACCAGACGGCAGCACAAGCGGCAGUGGCUGUUCAAACGGUCACCUACGGGCUGAGCGCCGCUACUUGAAUGACUACACGUCCGGUGUGCACCAGUUCGGAGGAAAUUUCCAGAUUACAUCCCUGACUGGCACCAAUAUUGCGCUCAAGCAAACAUUCAACGGUAACACCGGCCCUUAUUUCAUCAUGGGUGUCAAGAGCAAUGGCGAUCUUUACGAUGUAGAGGGAGGAGGAAUCAUUGCCAGUGGCGUGGCUACUGUAGGAGCAACUGUUACCAUCAAUACUAUUCACGAUGCCAAUAACCAGCUAUACUAUGUGUAUGUCAAUGGCGAAGAGACAUUCAACAUUACCGCCCCUGGAGGCAGCUUUUAUGACAAGUGUGGAGCCUAUACGAGCGACAGUGGCACAGGCGCGAUUACCGUUGUCUGGAGCGACAUUUCAUUUUGGACUCAGUAG